CGUCAAGACUCGAGUGAAUUACUUGUUUAACGUUAAGCGCUCAAGCUAAGAUCAGGCUCAGGGCUACUUGGGGCAACUCCGCUUGUCAGGCAGCAGGCACACAGUCACUUGACACUCAGUAAGGCUGUCCAGCAAGUAAUUGCAAGCGAACUGCAAGCGCCUGUUGUCUAUGUGACCUUUCACUAUCGCCAACAUCUUCGAGAAGCAUCAUGUCAUCUCAAAACGGAGCAUACGACCAGAACCUACUUGAUGAAGCUCCCGCAGCGACGAGGGCACAGAGGCAGGAAGGCUACAACGUUGAUUUACUCGAUGACCGUCCUACCCGCCCCGCAUCUACCCAACCACUCAAACCACAAACAAUUCCUGGUGAUACAGACGUCGAAAGCAGCCCAUUGACACGAGAAAAGAUUGUUCCUCUUCCUGGAGCUGCUACAUAUGCCUCGCGCCCAAUUCAAUCUUUUUGGCGGACUCGCAAUGGCAAAAUCACCAUCUUCGUUAUUGCCAUUGUCGUUAUCGGUGCUGUGGUUGGUGGGGCCGUCGGUGGGACUGUCGGGAAAAUCAGCUCAAAUAACAACGCCCCUCCUAAGGAUAUAACUUCAAGCACUUCUACAGCCUCGGACAGUUCUACGACCUCGUCUAAUCAGACAGGUGUAACCCCGGCUACGUCGCUGGGAAGUGGUACUUUUAGUGUACUACCAUUCUCCACUGCCGCGAGUAGUACUGCGAGCAUCAUCACCUAAUUCACCACCGUACGUCAGGGGACAGGUAAACAGGGGACGCCAUAGUUAGGCAGAGGAUGCAGAGAGCGGUGAUGGCGCACUGGAGUUUUAUCGACUUUGACCAGUAACUUCUCUCGCGGAUCACUUUUUCGUUGGACAAUCAUUAUACAUAUGUGCUACCCUUUUACUAUAUGAACAGAAUACAUAUGAU